AUGGGCUGCACUGUUUAUCGACCUGAAGGUCUUUUCACCACCAGAGCCACUACCUUUGAAGCUGCUGCUGCUGCUACGACUUCUUCUUCAUCUUCUUCUUUUCCUAGAAUCCUUUCUCUCCCAACCCAAGUCGUCAACCAUCCUUCCCUGAAGAAAUCAGGCGAUACCCAUCACCUGGUCUCGCUUACCUCCACCAUCUACGGUUCUCUUCUUCCCCUUGACCAACUUUCAUCCGAUCAUCAUCAGAAUAAAACCCUCACCCUAGAAUCAGAAACCCACGAAAACCCAUCUCUCGAUUCAGUCAUCAACGCUUGGGAAUUCAUGGCCGGCCGUGACGACCUCGAUUUCUCCUCCAAUCCCAACUCUGCUUCCUUCCUUGACCGAUCCUACUCUGCUCGCCAUGAUUGCUCAUCCUCUAAGAAACCCUUUUUCUCCUUCAUUGGUUCCGCCAAGAAGCUCGGCGACUCCUUCGAACCCACCUGGUCGGAAAAUUCGAAUUCGGUCGGUGAAGGAAGGGUGAAGAAAUUGUGUAAUUCGUUGAUGAAGCCGCUGUGGAAGAAGCAUAUAUCAGAGGAAUCACUUCUUGCUGAUAUGGAUCCUAACGUACUCUCAAGACGAUCUUUGUCGUCUAGGCAGUUGAAUUUUAAUCAUUCAAAGACGGUGAGGGCACUUGUGGGUUCGGGCUCGAGGCUUUCGUCUAUGUUCGAUAAUCGGAUUCGAUUACCAGGUACUGAGGAUAAGAUUGUUGUGUAUUUCACCAGUUUACGGGGAAUUCGAAGGACUUAUGAAGAUUGUUCUGCUGUUCGGAAUAUAUUAAGAGGAUUUAGGGUUCCUGUGGAUGAGAGAGAUAUUUCAAUGGACUUCACUUAUAGGCGAGAGCUGCAGAGUGUGCUGGGAGACAUGACUGUGAUUUUGCCCCAUGUUUUUAUUCGUGGGAUAUACAUUGGAGGGGCUGAAGAGAUUAAGCAGCUACAUGAGGUUGGUGAAUUGGCCAAGCUUCUUGAAGGGUUUCCAGCUCGGGAUCCAAGGUUUGUCUGCGAUAGCUGCGGCGAUGCCAGGUUUGUUCCUUGCUCGAAUUGUAAUGGCAGUCGCAAGGUCUUCGAUGAGGACGAAGAACAAUUGCGUAGGUGCCCGGUGUGCAACGAAAAUGGAUUGAUACGGUGCCCUAGUUGCAAUUCUUAAUGCUUUUAGUUAUCAAUGGCGUAUAUGUUUCGAUAUUUCUGGUGAGAAUUGUUGGAAGAAAAAAGGAAAAAAAAACUGCUUUUAUUGCUGUUAAGUGUGGAUCCCUGUCUAUCUGGGCUGAUGAUUAGAACUCUUAUUGGGUUUUGCUCUUCUUUCUUUUACUACAAUGUAAAAUGUUUACCUUACUGGGUACUCUUGUUCAUCAUUUCUCUGAACCAUACAAAGAAAUAAAUGAAAUUUUUUACUGGCUUUGUUAAUCAUCAUGUAAAAUGUUUACCUUACUGGGUACUCUUGUUCAUCAUUUCUCUGAACCAUACAAAGAAAUAAAUGAAAUUUUUUACUGGCUUUGUUAAUCAUCA